GGAAUUCAUUCGGAAUUUCGGACUCCGAACAGGAUCAGCUAUUUUUUUUUAUGAGUCCUCUUUUUAGGUUUAGUUUUUCUGAAAUCUAUGUUCCUGAGUUAAAUAAUUGUGAGACCUCUUAUAAUAUGACUCCAUCGCCUUUGAAGUAUCACAAUAGUCUUUUUUUUAAUAUGUGUUCAUCAUGAGAACUACGCUCUCUCUUUCUCCAAUUUUAUGUUCUUUCAUGCUUGGGCCUUUGAAUAAUCUAAAAUUUACAAGUAGUAUUCGUUCAAGAUUAUCGUAUUGAUUGCGCUAGGCAGGGGGAAUUUCCUGUGAAGCAGUGGAUCGUGAGGUUCGAACUUGUUUCUUCUAUAUCAAUUCUUCUGAAACUGCUGGCACUCCUCCACCCAUCAACUUAACCCAGACAGAGAAUAGAAUAUUGCACAGCAUGUCGAGGAAAGGAGGUUCAAGCAUUGACUGCCUCCAGGAUGAAGGAUUUUCUGUUAGGAAAAAAGAUGCUAAAGCUAAAGAUGCUAAAGCUAAAACUAGACCACCUCCCAAAGUCACUAUCAAAAAUGCUCCAAAAGCUAAAGCACCUGCCAAAAUCACCCCUGCGAAAGUCGCCCCUGCCAAAGUUGUUGUCAAACAACCUGUCCUGGAUGAAUGGGGCUGCGCACCUCAAGAGCCACCAACAAAAUUGAAAUGUGAAAUGACCAAUUUAGACCUCUCAAAGGACUCGGUUGACUUGAUCUUGAACACACUGAAGAGAGCAAGAGGGCAGGAAUUUGCUGUGCCUGACGCCUCAUCUUAUAAAGACAAAGGGAAGAACCUGAACAAUCAGUAUUGGGUGGAUAGAGGGGAGCUCGUUAUCAAAGGCCUCAUAAAUUACGCAGACCCAAAUCGAAAGAAAACUACGCCCGAUCAACAAGUCCAUGCAUUUGCUGUAGCAAAACUGCACAAAUAUGGAUUCCAUGAGAAGCAUUGUUCUGAAGCAUUAACAGUCAGCGACUCAGAUGUUGGAAAAGCUUUUGAGUUUCUUUUGACCCAAUAUUUCCCCAUUAAACUCCCUGACCCUGAAUGUAAAGUGCCCCAAGAGCUCAUGGAUCUAAGAAGGGAUGAGUUGGACUCUUUGAAAUCCAUCUACGAGAAUCAAGUUAAUGAAAAAAUUACGAAUAAGCUGUGGACAGUCACGGUUGAUCUUCCAGAAAUCACGCAUUAUGUUCUCUUUGAAAAACUUGGACUAAACUUGAAAAAAAAGGCACCAGAAAAAAACCACCAUGUCAGGAAAAACGUAUGCCGGUUUUUUGAAAGAAAUCAACCCUGUAGGUUUGGCAAGAAUUGCAGGUUUGCACACGAACUUCCGAAAGUGGAGAAAGAGGAUGAUAAGCAAGUCACUAAAUUUGAAAUCGAAAUCAGGUUUCCUGAUGGUUGCCAAUAUCCUAAAGAACCGCCUUUUGUAACUGUAAUAGCAUUGAAUGAAAAUUUUCCCCCAGAAAUAUCCUUGUAUAUAUCAUAUUGUUUAUUUGAAGAAACUAUGAGAGGGGUUGAAUAUGGAGAGCCGUGUAUUUUUUCUCUUAUUGAUCUUGUCCACAGGCAUGAAGACAUAAUCCAUUUCCUAAAAACAAACUCUGUGAUAUUUCCUGAUAGCAUUAGUUCUUUGAUCGGUCAGAAUGGUCAGUUGUCUGCCAAAGAAUUAGAAGAUGAGCGCAUAAAGCCUCCUAGGCAGUCAAGAGUUGCUUCUGAAAAUCGAUCUGACUUCUGUGAUAGAGCAAAGAAUGACCUUAUUUUAAGACAGUUUCAGACCAAACAACAAGAUUUGCAUUAUAAAAAAAUGAAAAAUCAGCGGCAAAAUCUUCCAGCAUGGUCCAAGAAAGAUGAAGUUUUGAGUGCUCUAGAGAAACAUCAGGUUGUCGUCAUCAGCGGUGAGACUGGCUGUGGUAAAAGUACUCAGGUUCCGCAAUUCAUUCUUGAUGAUUGGCUGGAAAAACAGUGUUCAGACGAUCCCGAUACCAGUGAUCAUAUAAACAUUGUUUGCACACAGCCACGCAAAAUAUCCGCUAUUGGAGUGAGUGAAAGAGUGGCAGACGAACGAGCAGAAAGAAUAGGCCAUACUGUUGGUUAUCAGAUUCGAUUGGAAAGUCGCAUGUCUGCAUACACCCGUCUGUUAUUUUGCACAACAGGGAUUCUAUUGAGAAGACUAGAAAACGAUCCAUUACUGAACUCUGUAACGCAUAUUCUUGUAGAUGAGGUUCAUGAGAGAAGUAUUGAAAGCGAUUUUUUGCUUCUAUUUUUGAAAGAAAUGAAACCGCACAGACCUGACAUCAGAAUUAUCUUAAUGAGUGCAACGCUCAACUCAAAUCUUUUUGGUGAAUAUUUCAGUGGAGUUCCUGUGAUUCAUAUUCCAGGAAGGACAUUUCCAGUAGAUCAGUAUUUCCUUGAGAAUGUUUUGGAGUUGUGUCAGUAUCCAAUUGAGGAAAAUUCGGAGUUCAGUCGAAAAAUUGGAAAAUCUAAAGGCCGAGAAAUAGACGAACUAGAGGAAGAACUUGAAGUCGCAGAUGCUCUGAUAGAUAAUGGAUACUUACUGAAUGAUAGAUUAUCUGACGAGAGAUUGAGUUGUAGACAGUUGUUUUUUCGUUAUCAAGCUUUCAGCAAACAAACCAGAAAAAGUUUAUUUAUCAUGGACCCAGAAAAAAUAAAUUAUGAAUUGAUAGAAGCACUUAUUGUUCAGAUUACUGACCCUUCAUCAGAGUUCCCGCAAGAAGGUUCUAUUCUGGUAUUCUUACCGGGAUUUUUUGAGAUAAAGAGAAUGAUGCAAAUGCUAAGUGACAAUCCUAGAAUAUGUCCGCAAAGAGAUGAUGGAAGAUUCAUCCUUAUUCCUCUGCAUUCAACGUUAACAAACGAGGAGCAGGCUCAAGUUUUUAGGAAACCUCCAAGAGGUAAACGGAAAAUUGUCCUCUCCACCAAUGUAGCAGAAACUUCAAUCACAAUUGAUGACUGCACGUAUGUGAUAGACUCUGGUAGAAUGAAGGAAAAACGCUUUGAUCCGGACAAAAAUAUGGAGAGUCUGGAGCUUAUUUGGGUAUCACGUGCCAACGCCCUUCAGCGAAAGGGACGUGCUGGUCGAGUCAGGUCAGGCACAGCCUUCCAUCUCUUCACCGAGCACCGAUUCAACUGUGUUCUUGAUGCUCAGCCACUACCUGAAAUGCACCGAGCACCUCUUGAGUCAUUGUUAUUAAAUAUUAAGACCAUUCCUGUUUUGCAGGAUCGACGAAUUGAAGAUGUGCUGGCUGGAGUGAUUGAGCCGCCCCCACCUGACGUUGUGCAGUCCUCAAUGAUCCGGCUUCAGAAUGUUGGUGCAUUUGACUCUCAUAACAACCUCACACCAUUGGGUAAACACUUGGCUGCAUUGCCCGUUGAUGUGCGGAUCGGAAAGCUGAUGUUAUUUGGUGCUAUUUUUUGCUGCGUUGACUCAGCAUUGACAAUUGCAGCUAUUCUGUCACACAAAUCUUUUUUCAUUUCUUCAUUCGAUGACAGAGAGGCUGCUGAUGCAACCAAGAAGGAGUUUCUAUCGCAAAAUAGUGACCAUAUAACUGCCUUAAGAGCGUACAAGUCAUGGUGUAGUGCAACUAAACGCGGGCACCAAGCAAGUAGAAAUUUUGCCAGAGCGAAGUACCUCUCUUAUACAACCUUGACAGCAAUUUGCGAUAUUAAGGCUCAGUUUCUGGAGCUUUUAGCUAGCAUUGGCUUUAUUCCGUUUGAUAUUGGACGAAUCAGAAAACGGACAAAGAUAGACUGCAUCCUUGAAAUAACCGGAGAAGAGUUGAACGAGAACGGAAGGAAUGAAACUCUACUUUCUGCUGUGCUUGCUGCAGCACUUUACCCUAAUAUUGUCAAAGUCUUAACUCCUGAGAAAACCUAUACUCAUUUAUCAUCUGGGAGUGUCAUUUCCAAAACUCCUGAUGCAGCUGACUUCAGAUUUAAAACCAAGCAAGAUGGUUAUGUCAGUAUCCACCCGUCCAGUAUAUUUGCAAAGAAGAAUAAAUUCUCAAGUCCGUAUUUGGUAUUUCAAGAAAAGUGCAAGACCAGUAAAAUUUAUGUCCGAGACUGCACAAUGGUCAAAGGCCUACCUUUGGUUCUUUUCUGUGGCUCUGGAAUAGAUGUGGAGCUUCAUUCAGGAACUUUCGUGAUAUCAUUGGAAAAAGGCUGGAUCAUGUUUACUGCCAAGUCUCACAUGGUUGCUGAACUUUUGAAAGCACUUCAAGUAGAAUUGUUAGCACUUUUGAAUGAAAAAAUCAAGGAUCCAAGUAUAGAUUUAACCCAUCAUGCAACAGGAAAAAGAGUAAUCUCCACUAUUGUCCAUGUUAUUACUCACUCGUAGCCUUCUAGUAAUCCUAACACCCUACCAAACAGGGAUGAAUGAUAAAUUGAUGAAACAACUUGAGUGUUGGUUAGGUAAUUAUUUUAAGAUUUAUUUUGCUAAAUCUACUCUGCAAUAAAUCAAAGGUGAUUUAUCAAAUAAAAGAAAGAUAUGUAAUGAAAAUCGCCCAAUAAUGACUGUUAAUCUACCUCAACGAAGGAAAAGGUUGCAGCAUGCUGUUUCUUAAUAGACCAUUAGUAAAGUGUAGUUCUUUUCUUUUCUUUUCUUUUUUUUUUUAUGUAUAGCAUAUCCUUCAGUAAAGCAGCCUGUACAAAAGCAUGAGCCAACAGACUACAGUAACUGAUUGCAGGAUAGCUUUGUUAGGGACAUCACCAGAGAGAUAAUCGAGUUAUGUCGAUGGUUUCAUAUUUUUUUUUGCUACAUUUUUAGACAUUUUAUUUUUAACAUCAAGUACAACCUAAAAUGUGUCAAGGCAGUUUUAAUUAUAGCAUUGAAAGACACAAGUAAUUCCUAGACAGUCCUUGAAUACCUAUACGUGAAAAGUUUAUUUUUUUAUGAUAUCAUUGUAUGAAACGAUUAAAAGUUGAAGACAACCUGUGAAUAUGUAGCUUUAAGUAUUCAAUUUCAUCCACAGAAUGUACCCCUGUACAUAAUAUGAUGAAUGGUGAUUUGAUCAUCAUAGGAAAGUGAUAUAUAUGUAUAUAUACUGAUUUUUUAGAUCGGUACGGUUUGCUUGAUCGGUAUAAUUGAAAGAGGUUAUAUUAUUGUUAUUGUUUGGAUUCAAUUCAAUAUAACAGAAUCUCAAUGGUGAAGUCACCAUGAAAAGCGUCUGCAGCAUUGUGCGAUGCAGUUUGAAAGUUCAAUCCAGUUCCCUGUAAUUUUUUUUGUAUUUUAGUCAUUAAAAUUUAUGUUGAUCUGUUGAAAUACUUUUUGUAAAUUUAGAGACUUUUUAAAGUAAAACAAAUUUUGAAAAUUUGAA